CCCGCCAAAAAAGAAUACCAAAUGCAAAUGCCACUCUCAUUUUCUCUCUCAUUAACACUUCUAUAUAAACCUCAGUUUCUAUCUACUACUUCACUCACACAAUUCAGAAUCCAAACAUCAACACUAAAUUUUCUCUCUCUUUCUGGCUGCAAAAUCCCUAACCUCCAUUUUCGGUUAUUCGCUUCAAAAAAGAAAAAUCUCGGAACAAAGAAAAAAUCAGUAGCAGAAUCAACGCUUCAGCUGUAGAUUGACGUAUUGAACAAGACUAGUCUGUCUCUUUGCUUUCAGCCUCAGCUCAUUUUCGAGGUCUCUCCUGAGCUGGACUUUUAACCCUUCUCACUGAUUUGAUUCACUUCUCGAGUAUCUUCACUGUACCUUCUUUUCUUCAAUGUUUUCCUUAUUUAUUUUCAUCAAUUUCUCUGUCUCCUUCAUUGCUCUCUACUCUGCUCAUGUGCUGCCACAGGGAUACUCUUGAUUCCAUUUUCAUAUGGGAAGGAAAUUAGCUGUUACAGAAAUUGAUAUUCAACGUCAAUGGUGGGGUUCCAGAACGAGCUUAUGACUGGGAACGAGUAUAAUGGUAAUUUUAGUAGUAGUCCAGGUCGUGUUGAACGACUUGUGAGAGGAAGAGAGCUAAGAAAAAACAACAAGGCACCAUCUCUUAUGAUUGAAUCUCCUAAUACUGUUCUAAUUAAUAACAAUAAUAAUAUUAAUAACAAUAACAAUAUUAAUAAUAAUAACUGUAAUAAUAAUAAUAAUCAUAAUCUGGUUACUGAAUCUUUUGAGCAUGGCCUGUGCUUAAAAGAAUAUAAUAACUCUGGUGCUUCCCAUGAUGAACGAUUCGUGGAAGGUGCUGUAGCAGCAGUAAAGGCUCUUAGUGGUGGAUAUCAAAGGGAAGCUGCAAAACCUGUUAGACAACGGCUUUUGGUUGUGGCGAAUAGACUGCCAGUUUCAGCUGUUAGGAAAGGUGAGGAUACUUGGUCUUUGGAGAUCAGUGCUGGUGGCUUGGUGAGCGCGCUUUUAGGUGUGAAGGAGUUUGAAGCGAGGUGGAUAGGUUGGGCUGGAGUCAAUGUGCUGGAUGAGGUUGGACAGAAGUCACUCUCCGAAGCAUUGGCUGAAAAGAGGUGUAUCCCAGUGUUUCUUACUGAAGAAAUUGUUCAUCGGUACUAUAAUGGCUAUUGCAAUAACAUAUUGUGGCCCCUUUUUCAUUACCUUGGACUUCCACAAGAAGAUCGUCUAGCGACAACUCGUGGUUUCGAGUCUCAAUUUGAUUCGUAUCAGCAGGCAAAUCAAAUGUUUGCUGAUGUUGUAAAUGAGGUCUAUGAAGAGGGUGAUAUUGUUUGGUGCCAUGAUUACCAUCUUAUGUUUCUACCACAAUGCUUAAAGAAAUUCAACAAGAAAAUGAAGGUUGGCUGGUUUCUCCAUACCCCAUUUCCAUCUUCUGAAAUUCACAGGACACUGCCAUCUCGUUCGGAGCUCCUGCGUGCAGUUCUUGCUGCUGAUUUGGUCGGUUUUCACACCUAUGAUUAUGCACGACACUUUGUUAGUGCUUGUACUCGCAUUCUUGGACUUGAAGCCACACCAGAAGGGGUUGAGGAUCAUGGCAAACUGACUCGAGUUGCUGCAUUUCCAAUUGGUAUAGACUCAGAGCGCUUCAUCAAUGCACUUGACCACCCUAAAGUCCAAGGUCCCAUGAAAGACUUACAAGAAAGGUUUAAAGGCAGAAAGGUUAUGUUAGGUGUUGAUCGCCUUGAUAUGAUUAAAGGAAUUCCUCAAAAACUUCUAGCUUUUGAGAAAUUUUUGGAAGAAAAUGAACAUUGGCGAGAUAAAGUUGUUCUGCUCCAAAUUGCUGUGCCAACAAGAACAGAUGUUCCGGAGUAUCAAAAGCUUACAAGCCAGGUUCAUGAAAUUGUUGGUCGCAUCAAUGGCAGAUUUGGAUCACUGACUGCUGUUCCUAUACAUCACCUGGACCGCACUCUUGAAUUUCAUUCACUAUGUGCUUUGUAUGCUGUUACAGAUGUAGCAAUUGUCACCUCUUUGAGGGAUGGAAUGAAUCUUGUCAGUUACGAGUUUGUGGCCUGCCAAGAAAAAAAGAAGGGAGUUCUCAUUCUUAGUGAAUUUGCUGGUGCGGCGCAGUCUCUUGGUGCUGGGGCACUUCUGGUCAACCCCUGGAACAUCUCACAAGUUGCUGAAGUAAUUGCCAAAGCUCUGAACAUGCCAUCUGCUGAGAGAGAGAAACGACAUAGGCACAACUUCCAUCAUGUAACAACCCACACUGCACAGGAAUGGGCAGAAACUUUUGUUAGCGAGCUAAAUGAUACUGUUGUUGAGGCUCAGCUAAGGACAAAACAAUUUCCACCACGGCUCCCAACCCCGAAAGCAAUUCAACAAUAUCUGAAGUCAACUAAUCGAUUGCUUAUUUUGGGAUUCAAUGGAGCUUUAACUGAGCCAGUUGAGAGAAAAGGUGAUCAGUUGAAAGAAAUGGAACUCUCGGUGCAUCCAGAAUUGAAACAACCCUUGGCACAACUUUGCAGUGAUCCAAAUACUACAGUUGUCGUGCUUAGUGGAAGUGGUAGAACACUUCUAGAUGAAAACUUUAGAGAAUAUAACACUUGGCUGGCAGCAGAGAAUGGAAUGUUUUUAAACCCUUCAAAUGGAGAAUGGAUGACAACAAUGCCAGAACAACUAAAUAUGGAAUGGGUUGACAGCGUAAAGCAUAUUUUUGAGUAUUUCACUGAAAGAACACCUCGGUCACAUUUUGAAGAACGGGAGGCUUCGCUUGUAUGGAAUUACAGACAUGCAGAUGUUGAGUUUGGAAAACUUCAAGCAAGGGACAUGCUGCAACAUCUCUGUUCAGGUCCAAUUUCAAGUGCAUCAGUUGAAGUAGUUCAAGGGAGCCGAUCAGUUGAGGUGCGAGCUGCUGGUGUUACAAAGGGAGCAGCCAUUGACCGCAUCCUGGGGGAGAUAGUUCACAGUAAAUCCAUGACAACACCAAUUGACUAUGUUCUGUGUAUAGGACAUUUUCUGGGAAAGCAGGAUGAAGACAUAUACGACUUUUUUGAGCCAGAGCCUUCUUGUUAUGGUGCGAGUAUUCAACGAAGCAAGUUAACAGAUGCAGCUAAGUUUUCUAAUGAGAAGGCAUCACCAAUGAAGAUCCCAGCAAUUAAAAAUGGAUUCAAGUCAACAAAUCAAAACAAGGGACAACGCCCUAUCUCAAAUUCAGAUAAGAAAACAAAUCAUUUCAGCCGUGCAGCACGGAAGCCAGCUCCCGAGAAGAUUUCUUGGAAUGUCCUUGACCUCAAGAAGGAGAAUUACUUCUCAUGUGCUGUUGGGAGAACUCAAACAAAUGCUCGCUUUACGCUUCCAUCAUCUGAUGAUGUUGCUGACUUUCUGAAGAAACUUGCACAUGCAUCUUCUAGUAAUAACUGAGUUUCUGAGAGUUAUAAGAUUACUUGCAUUUGCAUCUAUAGGAUACUUCUAGCUUCAUAAUUUGAUUCAUCCUAGUAACUAUGCUGAUUCCUCAGGUUGAAAGAUAAAUAAUUUAGCCAUUUUUAGUCUCGCAAUUCCUUGUAAUAUAGUCAUUUGGUAUAUUUCUCUAGCCAAUAAUUUCAUAAUUACUUUAAUGUUGUGGACAAGUAGUUUUGGAUGGUCUUGUAAGAAAGGAAAAAAGUAGUUUUUUAUUGUUUAUGUAGAAAAAAAAGUAGUUUUGAAUUUUCUUUUUGCUAAAGUCUUGGAUGGAUGAUGUUA